AUGGAUACAAAUUCCGGAUCUUCAAUCCUCGACGACCCUGAUUUGCUUGCUUCACAGUCACUUAUCCACAAGGCUGCAGCAGCUCUCUCUCGGAAUGACCUUCUCGUCGCUCGAGAAAUCUACACCGAGGUCCUCUCGCACACUCCUUAUAAUAUCCUCGCCUAUGUGGAUCGUUCGCAGGUACAUCUAAAGCUUGGUUAUCCCGAUCUUGCUGCCGGUGAUGCGUAUCGAGCUCUACUACUCGGCGAUGCUAUUCGAGAAACGGUGCAAGAUAGAUCGAUAAUAUCACGGAAAGAGAAUGGCGAAUAUGACGACGAGGAAGAUAGUGAGUGGGGCAUAGGCGAGCAGGCAUUCGUUACAACAUAUUCUCAUAUUCGCCUUUUAUCCGAGCGGGUUCUUCCCGAAGACCAAAUCAAGAAGCUUCUGAAGACCUCCGUGGACGGAAUGGAGGCUACAGCCUUGUUCACUCUGGCUCGGGCAUUGAAAGAGGCAAGAUGUUUUAUGGAUGCUCUGGCAUAUUGUAAAAUGGGACUCGAACGAUAUCCAGAUGCCGCAGCUUUGCCCGCACCAAUCAAUUUCCAAGUCGAAACAGAUGAAAUUCAUCAACUGAUGGAGCAAAAGAAGACAGAAGAUCCCAGAUUCAAACUCAAUCCUGACAUACUUUUUAGGCACGGUGGCUGCAGGAGGGAAGUCUACCCUUGGAACCACCACGAGCCCGACAGGUACGCCCCGGAGACAGUGGAAUCGUUAAAUAAAACAAUGGCCAAGUGCUCCGAUAAGGUGGAAAUCAGGGUUGUGGACCUACCUAUUUUGCAAAAGAGACAGGAUCCCCUGAACAAAUUAGAGCUAUCGGACAAAGUUUCAGGCUCGGAGAAGCAGCUCGGUGUCUAUGCGAAAGACGAUAUCUAUAUUGGGGAAACAUUCUUUAGGGAAAUGUCGCCUUUGACUGUGCUUUCGGAUCCUGAGUAUUCGAGGUUGUGUGAGUUUUGCGCGGCAGACCUUGGAGACACAUAUGAAACAUGUGAAGACUGCUGGGAGGGCGAUGAAGAAAGUGGAAUCAUGUGGUGUUCUGAAAAAUGCAAAGAGAACGCAAUGGAGAAAUAUCACCCUGCCCUUUGCGGUAGAGAUUUCGGCUGGGUUUACCGAUCCAUCAAUGCUAGUAUUUCCACAAGCUCUGCACACUCGCUUCUGUUGCUAAAAACUUAUGCAACUGCGAUAACAUUGGAUACACAUCCUCUCGAGCUACCUGAGGUUAAAUAUCUUUACGGUGUUAACCGUGUGGGAACCUUUCCAGACUACAAACCAACUGCCCUCGAGCAGCAAGCUCUCCCAUUCAACUUCACGAACCAGGUCACUCGUCCAAUUCAAAUGCUAAUGGAGAUGGAUGUGGAUAUAUUCCAGCCAAAUGCAGUUGACUUCUUUGAUCUAUGGGUGAUUCAGACCUUAUGGGCAAAGUUUAUCGGUGUUGCGAGUGCGAGAGUGCACAAAAGGACGGGGAGGACCGAGAUUGCGGCGGUCCACAUGCUUUACUCAAUGUUCAACCACUCAUGCGAGCCUAAUAUCAGUUGGGAGUGCGGUGGUGAAGUGAAUUUCACUGGUUUUUCCCGCGCACUUGGGAGAGAGGCAGAGCUCAACACACAGGUCGUGGCUGUGAAAAAGGGAGAAGAGUGUUUUAGUCAUUACUGCGAUAUUAGUCUGGACUAUCGCGAGCGACAGGAACAUGCUUGGGGCCCCCUAGGUGGUAGAUGCAGCUGUACACGAUGUACUAGAGAGGAAGAGGCGGAAGCGAAAGAACUAGCGAAAAUCGCAAAGCUCUCGAUCGCAGGUAAAUAA